CCGCGACCUUGAAGGGAUAUCAUACUGAUGUUUCGAAAAUGCAGACCGACGAACGGAGCAUAACAUUCAAUAUGUGAAAGUUGUGAUAAGAUGUGUUGUAUGAAAAAUAAGAGACGUGGUACUUCGUUGAACCUAUAUAAUUGCUGUUUUGAAACACUCUCAGAACAUUGUGCUCGUACGGUGCCAAGAAAAAAGUGUGGUUUAUCAUUGCAAUUUAGAAUUAGAAGUAUAAAUCAAUUUUUUAUAAAAACAUAGGAGAACAAUGUCGUGGAGAUCGACCACUUUGCAUUUAACGAAAAAAAUUCCGCGCGAAAAAACAGCCCAGAGACUAUUAAGCGAAGUUGUGAACAGUGCUUGUUACACAGGGAACGAUCAUUACUCAUCCAGUGGAAAAGGUAGAGAUGAGAAAAGCAAUUGGAAUUCCUAUGGAAAGUUGGCAGCUGCGACUGCCUUGUCGAGCCUCGGAGCUCUGUACUACUUUUUUCAUACCCAAUCCGGGGAUGGAAAAGUCUACGCUCUUCUUAAAACAAAAACAGAAAACCCUGGAGAAUUCAAAGAAAAUUUAAAAACCUACACUGUUGAAGAAGUGGGAAAACACGACAAUGAAGAGAGUGGCAUUUGGAUAACGUACAAAAGAGGAGUCUAUGACAUAUCAAAAUUUGUGUCGCAACAUCCAGGCGGUUCAAGCAAAAUAAUGAUGGCAGCAGGCAGUUCCAUUGAGCCUUUUUGGCAAAUAUUUGCCAACCAUAAUUCCAAAGAAAUUUAUGCUCUUCUAGAGUCUAUGAGAAUUGGUAAUUUGGAGGAAUCUCACGAAGACUCCGCAAGCUCUGAAUCUGAUGAUCCGUACCGACACGAACCCAAAAGACACAAAGCCCUCAAAAUCAAUGGACCCAAACCCUUCUGUGCUGAACCACCUUCUUCCAUGUUGGUUGAAAAUUUUUACACGCCAACGGAUCUUUUCUACGUAAGAAAUCAUUUACCAGUCCCGGUAGUUGACAUCAAGGAUUACGAGCUCGAAAUAGCGAUCGAAGAUGACACGAAAAGAGUUCUUGAUAUAUCAGCAAUUAAAAAAUAUCCAAAGUACACGAUAACAACAGCGAUUAUGUGCGGAGGUAACCGUCGUUCGGAAAUGGCAGAAGCUAAACCCUUGAAGGGUUUAAGUUGGGGUGUAGGUGCAGUUGGAAACGCAUCAUGGUCCGGUGCUCGACUCUGCGAUGUUUUAGAAGGUUUAAAUAUAAACGAGGACGAUUGGAAUCAUGUUCAGUUCGAAGGUUUGGACACGGACCCAGCUGGAAUACCCUAUGGCGCCAGUAUCCCAAUAGGCAAAGCUCUUGAUCCAAGAGCCGAAGUAAUAUUAGCAUAUGAAAUGAAUGGCGAGCCGAUAUCGAGGGACCACGGAUUUCCGAUCCGGGCGAUCGUGCCCGGAGUUGUUGGUGCGAGAAACGUUAAGUGGCUUGGAAAAAUAGUUAUUUCGAAAGAAGAAAGCUCAUCGCAGUUUCAACGAGGCGAUUACAAAGGCUUUUCACCGAGUAUUGAUUGGCACAACGUCGAUUUUUCGAAAGCACCUGCUAUACAAGAAAUGCCAGUUGUAUCGGCAAUUUGCACACCGCAACGCGGAGAGCAGAUCAAACUAGAAAAUGGGAAAAUACCCAUAAAAGGUUACGCGUGGUCGGGCGGUGGAAACAGAAUAAUUCGAGUCGACAUAACGUUGGACGGUGGGGAAACGUGGCAUGAGGCUGAUCUCGUGUCGCAGGAUAAAAAAGCUCGAGAAGGUCGUCAUUGGGGUUGGACGAUAUGGAAAGCCGAAAUCCCGGUAGAUUCGUCGGCUAAAGAAGUAGAAAUAUGGGCAAAAGCGGUCGACUCUUCGUACAAUGUGCAGCCCGAAAGUUUUAAAAACAUUUGGAAUCUUCGAGGAUUUUUGUGCAACGCUUAUCACAGAGUGAAAGUUCGAUUGGAUAAAUAAAGCUGAAAAAACACGUAGAAAAAUGAAUAUUCACAUCUGUCGUAACGGCUGUGUAUAUAAAUUUUCAAAAAAGAAAGUCGAAUAAAAGGAGUUUUCUAUUUGGAAA